AGUGCAUGUUUAGGAUUAGCCAUACACCCACACCCACACCCUCAAGAUGUCCACAACUAUUUGAAAAAAGUUCCAUUAAUUUUUUUCGCUUCGCCUUUAUUUAAUUGUUGAUAUUGACUUUUUUGAAUGUAAUUUUAAACUAUAAAUCUUCUUUGAUAAAAAUAUAUGAUUUUGUCAAACAACAUUAUAAUUGAAUAAUUAAAAUCAUUUAUUUAUUGAUAAUGAUUAUUUGAAAUUUAAAAGAAAAGCACAAAAUAUAAUUUAUCUACAUAUGUAUUGCGUCAAAAGACGAGAUAGAAAUAGAUGUGUUUAGUUAACUUCGGUCAAAUAUUUAUCGUUCAAGAUAAUUCACGCAAUUGAUACUUUAUUUUCUUGCGCGUUCUAUACAUUUGUAUGUCGAAAGAAAUAUUGUCUUCUAUGAUGUGCAGCACAUGCAUUUCUUUUUUUCACUACUACAAAUUAUCACUAAUCUUUUUAUUUGUUAAAUCAAGUUUUAGAUGAAACGAAAAAAUACUAUUAAUGAUUAUGAUAAUAAUAACAAAAAACAAAGACAAAACAGUAAAAACUAUCUUUUAUUUUUUUUAUAUAAUUCUAUUUUAUUUUUGUAGUAACAAAAAUUGAAACAAAAUCGUUAGUUCACAAAAAGAUUUCUUUUUUAAGUUCAUCAAAAGAAUCUAUUACUACUUUUGAAGAUCUUUCAAAUGAACUUAUUUAUGAACUAUUUGAUUAUCUCAUUGAUUAUCAUGCAUUCCAAGCUUUUAUUACCUCAAUAAUCGUUUUCAAAAUCUUUCUCAUGAUUCGAAUUUGCCAAUUAAAAUUAAUAUUUGUGAAAUAUCAAAAUCAAGAUCUCAACAUUAUUUAACAUAUAUUCUUGAACCUUCUAUAUACUAAGCGAAUUGAAUUAUUUCGACUAGCGAAUCCAUGUAUUGAUCCAUGUUUGUUACUAUUUCCAAUAAUGAAAUGUUUAACUAAACUUCCAAGACUUAUUUUAAAUAAGAUGGACGCUAAUCAUAUAGAACCAAUUGUAAAUUAUUUAUCUUUUUUACCUAUUUUAUCUUCUUUGACUAUAAUAUCGAUCAAUAAGCUUGUCAAUAAAAAUAAUAUUUUUUAUAAAUUAUUUCGUUUAUCUAAAUUAAAAUAUUGUCAAAUAUUAAUUGAAUCAUUACAAUGUCUAAAAUCAUUACUUGUUGCUACAAAUGAAUUUAGUACUAUUGAAUAUCUUAUUAUUAACAAUGAAAUUUCGAUUAAUCAACUUAUUAUUAUAUUAUCCUAUGUUCGACAGCUACGUCGUUUAUCCAUUGGUAAUCUAACGAAAUCUAAACAUAAUCGAAUAGAAAAAGAUUUAAUAAACUAA